AUGGACCAAGACAAGCGAGAUCAAAAACCAGCUAAACCUGAAGGGAGGGCUCCACCACUUCCUGCACCAAAGCCCAAUAAGCGUGGUGAAGAUGGCGGUGCAGACCAUUCAUCAUCUGCAGCUCAGAGAGAAGAAAUAAAGAAAUCAACACCUUCCUCACAUCCUGAACAGACAUCGGCUGGACAAGGAAGCAGUGAAAAGAGAGAGGAACAGAGGUGUGAACCAGGCGCUAAAUCACUGGAAAGAUCCAAGCCAACCACAUCCAAGCCAACUGUUGCAAAGAAGCCAACAGCCAACAUUGUAGAAGCCAAUGGUUCUUCAAAUCCAACACAUGCAGGAAAACCGGGAGAUCGGUUGGGGAAAGUGGAUCAGAUACAACAGGGAUGUGAACCAACGCUAAAAUCGGAUUAUAGAACAGCCAAAGAUUCUUCAUCACAUACGAAGGAGCUUUCAGUGAAACCCAAGUCUUCAAUCACAAACCAGGAGGGAAAACCUGAAAAUCAAUCAGAAAAUCAAUCAGAGACAGGAGACCCAGCAGAUGUGGCGUGUCCUGUACAAGAAGAUCAAGAUGGAUGCAUGGAUCAUGCCAAUGUCAAUGAUAACUAUGUCAAUGAUACAACGACUGACGUACUGAAUCAUCAACCAGUUGGGAACAGAAAUGAAGAACAACACAUGGAUACCACUCAGCAGUCCAGUACCCCUGAAGACAUUGAACACAGCGCAUCUGUUAAGCCACAGACCACACUGAUAGAAACUGCUGUCAAAAUUUUUUCACGUCAAACAUCAUCUGAAGCCAAUGGAGAGAAAAGAGGGAAAACGUGUGACUCACCUUCCAACAAGCUCUAUGAGGCACCGCCUGAAAAAGGAAAGAGUGACAUGAGAGUAAUGGCAGGUCAAGCAUCCGCUGAAGCUGAAGGAAAACCGAAGCGUCCCCUGAGACCGCCCCCACCUAAGAAUUCACAAAGUCCCAGUAACACUGCAGACAACACAGAAGCAGGGCCUCAACCCAUUCCCCCACAAAAUCUUGUCAUGGGAGACAAAUAUCAGAUUAAACAAGGAAGUAUAUGCAUCAGGUUCUACAGUCAUAUUCCUCCUAAGGUGAAGGGCCUGUGUGAAGGCCUGCUAACAGCCCUCCAUGCUGAGGAGCUGGCUGGAGACUCUGCAGAGUGUGACGUCAUCCUGGCCUUCUGUCCUGUUGUCUCUCGCCUUGGGACAGACGUAGAGGCAGCUCUCAAAGAAAUACCAGACACAAAACCUUGCAUCCUGGUGGUGAUGCAUUUUACCUUUGAUCCAAAUUACGUAAUACCGGACAGCAAGAAAUUUACUGAAGGAAGAUAUGUGGUUAUCGUGGAUUGUAUGUUUCAUGAAGAUACAGGACUACUUCAGUGUUCAACAAAUGAUGCUGCAGUUAGCAAACUCCGCCAACUGAUGCAACACUAUGCUAAGAAAGAAGAGAAGAAGAAGGACAAGAGCAAAGGGAAAGGGAGAAAAACAGAGAAGAAAACAAAUAAAGCAGGUAAUAUAAAUAUUUAUUUCUUUUAAAAGAAACAGAACCUAAUGGAGGCAGAGAUCACACCAUAUUUGACUACAGUAAUCAAAUGUUAUCAUUUUGGUUGCAAAUUUUGACAUUGAAAUCUGUCCAUCAACAUUGUGUAAUAAUUCAUGUUUGAUGUUUUAUUAUUUUCUAUAUACAAAUCACCUACACAGAAAGCAAGACUGCUCCAGUCUCUCACCCAUCAGCAGAUUCAAAUCCAGGAAUGGAACCCAUCCCCCCACCCAUCUCUUUCAUGGGAGAGAGAUAUCGUAUCAAAGAUGGUAAAUGAAAAACAAAUGCAUAUCUACAAAAUCUACAAAAUAUGGUGGCUUCAUAUUCAUCUCAUGAAAUAAGUAGUUGCUAAAGCCAAGGAUAUACUUACUCAAAAUGUCUUCAAGAACAAACUAGCUUUAUGAUAUUUUCCUCAGAACACUGUGGUUAUGAUAUUUUCCUCAGAACACUGUGGUGUCGUUUAAUUAUAAUAACAAAAAACAAGCAAGCCAU